GCAUCUGCAGCGUCGCGCUCGCUCUCUCUCUAUCUCACCCGCGGCUGACGCGGGCCGCUCCUGGAUAUGUGCGCGUUAUAGUCGCAAAGUCGCCACCGUAUCGUCGCUGAAAGGCCGGGAGGAAUGCCGGCGUGAAGGGGUAUCGGAUAAUCGUAUCUUCCGCGUUAUCUCGCCUGAGCCCGGGCCCGCUGCUCUGCCGUACCGAGCGCCGGUGCUGCAGCGAGGGGCCUGUAAACACAAGAUGUCGACCAGAACGCCAUUGCCCACCGUGAACGAGCGCGACGCCGAGAAUCACACAUCUGUCGAUGGCUACACGGACACACCAGCACCACCCACAAAAUCAGCGAGUCGCCAGAGUCUCCCGCGCAGUCGAAACUCCGUGGCGUCCAUCACAGAGGAACAGCCUCACAUCGGCAACUACAGACUGCUCAAAACCAUCGGCAAAGGCAACUUUGCAAAAGUCAAACUCGCUCGCCAUGUCUUAACAGGACGAGAGGUAGCAGUGAAGAUCAUUGAUAAAACACAACUGAACCCCACAAGUCUACAGAAGCUCUUCCGUGAAGUGAGGAUUAUGAAGGUUUUAAAUCAUCCUAAUAUAGUUAAGUUAUUUGAAGUCAUAGAAACAGAAAAGACACUUUAUUUAAUAAUGGAGUAUGCAAGUGGAGGUGAGGUGUUUGACUACUUAGUUGCACAUGGGAGAAUGAAGGAGAAAGAAGCUAGGGCCAAGUUUCGCCAGAUUGUGUCUGCAGUGCAAUAUUGCCAUCAGAAGAGAAUAGUCCACAGGGAUCUCAAGGCUGAGAACUUGCUGCUAGAUGCAGACAUGAAUAUAAAGAUUGCAGACUUUGGCUUCAGUAAUGAGUUCACUAUCGGCAGUAAGUUGGACACGUUCUGUGGCAGUCCUCCAUAUGCUGCUCCCGAACUCUUCCAGGGAAAGAAGUAUGAUGGGCCGGAGGUGGACGUCUGGAGUCUGGGGGUCAUACUCUACACACUCGUCAGUGGGUCACUUCCCUUUGAUGGACAGAAUUUGAAGGAGCUAAGAGAGAGAGUGUUACGAGGGAAGUACCGAAUUCCAUUCUACAUGUCCACAGACUGUGAAAACCUGCUGAAGAAACUGCUGGUGCUGAAUCCAGGCAAACGCAGCAGUCUAGAGCAAAUCAUGAAGGAUCGCUGGAUAAACGUGGCACAUGAGGAGGAGGAACUCCAACCCUACACAGAACCAGAACCGGACUUCAAUGACACUAAACGCAUCGAGUUGAUGAUCACUAUGGGUUUCCCUAAAGAUGAGAUCAUAGAAGCAUUAAAGGGGCAGAAGUAUGAUGAGGUCAUGGCCACGUAUCUGCUGCUGGGCAGGAAACCCGCUGAGUUUGAAGGGAGCGAAUCGCUGUCCAGCACAAACCUGUGUCAAAGGUCACGACCCAGUAGCGACCUGAACAACAGUUCCACACAGUCACCUGCACACUCCAAAGUCCAACGCAGCAUCUCAGCCACGCAGAAACAGCGACGAUUCAGCGAUCAUGUUGCGCCGUCGAUUCCUCCUGCCGUAUCUUACACAAAACGUGCUCAGGCCAACAGUGUGGAGGGAGAGAAGAAGGAAGAGUGGGAUGUGUCCCGUAAGUUGCCCUCUUCCAGCUCUAAAGGUGACAUGGCCGCUUCGCCGCUCGUUGCGCAGGAACGCAGGAAGCCCUCCACAGCUUCAGGGAGUAGUUCUACUGGUGGCAUGACGAGGAGAAAUACAUACGUAUGUGAGAGCUCCAGUACAGACCGAUACUCAGCAAUACCCAACGGCAAAGACAGCAGUUUGACUGAGAUGUCGGGAUCUGCAAGCGGUUCAUCCUCAGUGUCUCCAGGAGCGUCGUCCGCACUGGCGUCCACUCGACCACGUCAAGUCAAGUCCAUGUCUGCCUCAGGACACCCCACCAAAUCUCCACUACCGCCCAUUGAAGACAACACUGAAUACAAGGGCUCAAGCUCCAGGGCUCCAUCCACAUCUCCGUCAGCUCACAGUAUCAGCAGUAUGACGCCGGAUCGAACCCGUUUUCCUCGCGGAACCUCCAGCCGCAGCACCUUUCACGGGGCGCAGUUCAGAGACCGCCGCAGCGCCACCUACAACGGCCCGCCCGCCUCGCCAACACUCUCCCAUGACACGGGCGCGCUCGCUCAAGCCCGCAGAGGCACCUCCUCUGGAUUUAUAAGCAAGCUCACCUCCAAGUUUGUGCGGAGGUUACCCAGUGAAGGAGAGGCCCGUGGUCGGGCGUACAGCUUGAGGAGCGGAUCUGGUGAACCGAGGGAAGAGGGUCGCGACUCUAAGCCAAGAUCGCUUCGUUUCACGUGGAGUAUGAAAACUACCUCGUCCAUGGAGCCCGGUGACAUGAUGAGAGAAAUCCGCAAGGUGCUGGACGCCAACAACUGCGACUAUGAGCAGCGUGAGCGAUUCCUGCUGUUCUGUGUUCACGGCGACGCCCGUCAGGAUAGCCUCGUCCAAUGGGAGAUGGAGGUGUGCAAACUGCCCCGCCUCUCGCUCAACGGUGUACGCUUCAAACGCAUCUCGGGGACGUCCAUCGCAUUCAAAAACAUUGCUUCGAAAAUUGCCAACGAGCUCAAGCUAUAAGCAAAAUAUUUGAAACGAGAUCCUAAACUAUAGGGAACAAGUUCACCGGGAAGUUCACCAUUCUAUGUUACUGCUUAUAUAAGCUACUGCUGUAAUGUUUUGUGGAGGAAAAAAUAACAAAUGCUAAAGAUGAAACAAGAUAAAACGGCCUCGCCCAGCCUUCAUGACCUCUUGCAUAUACGCCUGGUUUAAACGACCAUCUUGCAAUAAUAGCUAACUCUUUCAGGGUCGGCAGGACAAAGUUGAAUGAAAUUUCGACUUCAAACCGACUUUUUCCACAUGUACAUUUCAAAUAUGGAAUGUUUUUUUGUUGUAUUAAACUGAUCAUAGAGUUGUAUAAUAAAAGACUUUACAGCCUACACAUGUGGAGGUGUUGUAUAGUCACUUUUGAGCUGUGUACAGAACAAAUUAUGUUAAAUGUGUCAUACUGUAAUUUUUUAGUUUUAAUUUGUUUAGUUUCUUCCCAUAUUUUUUUAGAUUGUUUUGCAGAAACUGUUUUAACUGUUCUUUUGUAACCCCACAAUCGCCUCUUGUUUUAAAGGGACAGUUCACCCAAAAAUUUUAAUCUGACCGAAAUGUACAUUUUUCACUUAUAAUCCCCAAAUUCUUUGACCAGCCUCCAAAAGUGGAACACAAAUAUCAUUGAAGGCAAAGUGGCAUUGGUUCUCGUGUGUGUGUAGUAAUGUAAUGUGAAGUGGACACAAAUGUGGGCUAGAUGCAAGCUUUGGCAAAAAACAAUGACUUCAAUUUCAGUCUGUUCCUCAAAUGAAGCUACAGUGUCACUUAAAAUGACAAAUCUUAGAAAAAAAUAACAUCAUAGAUUAGAAACGGCCUAGUAAAUAUUGACAGAAUUUUCCUUUUUGGUUUAUUGCUUUUUUUUUUCAGAGUGAGAAUUAGAACAUAACAUUGAAGAAUUAAGUGUUUUGUAACACAGGCAGUGUAUAUUCCAAAGUCAGAUGGUCUGGAUGGUCAAAUCAGAUUGUUGGAUUGUAGGCAUUAGUUCAAGAGGAUCUGGAUUAUCGGUCAUUCCAUACUACAGACUACACACUUAGACUAACAUUAUUAUAGGUGAUGUUUCAUGCUGUAAUUUGGAGCAAGAAUGGAUCAGUUCAGAGCCGUACUUUCCUUUCAAAUCGAUAAUCGGCUUGAACUGCAAGUCUAAGAAAUGUAUUUAUUUAGCCAUGUUAUGCCUUUAACUUGUUUUAUUAACUGUAGAAGGUCACCCAGAGAAUGCAUGACUUUAUUUGUUGUUGUUCAAAUGUAACUUGUUUUGUAAUUAGUGGUUAUGAUGAUGAUGAUGAUGGAUUAAGACCACUCAAACUGGGACAUUUCUACUUGUCCUUUUGUACUGAGGUUAAAUGUGCAAUGCUGUCUAUGUUGUAUUACUGUAAUGCUGAUAAAAGAGGUCGCAACUGCACACUUUUAAGGGAAGACGAGUUUCCUUGGUUGAAGAGAAAGAAUUGUGGCAAAAAAAAUGUAAGGGCAAAGCUGUGACAAAUACAUAGAGGCGUCGAAUGCUGACUGUGAUGUUCCAUUUUUUGACUACAUUUCUAGGACAGAUUUCUUUUUGAUUUUAUUUUAUUUAAGGCUGUACAGAUAAAACUGUUCAGUUGGAAAGCAAAAGAUGGCGGAGGUUCUCCAAAAAAUGCAAUUGACUCUUCAACACAUUUCAUCCUUUACACCCUUCCCGUUUAUUCCCUUGACAUAGUACUGUACAUUUCUGCAGUAAAAUCCCUUGGGUCACUGUGGUUCAGUCCCACUGGAGCACAUUAAAGCUUACUUGAAAUGAG